AAAAUAGUACGGAGGGAAGUAAUAUGUUAAUAAAUUAUGUUAGUUUCAAGAUUUAAACUCUAGAAUUCCUUUCAUUUCUCUUAACUUACCAAGUUACCAAUGAGUUGCUGGUUGGGACUUGGGAUAAUGUGCUAUAUAUAUGGUAUGCCUAAUUCUAAGUGUAACAUAUAUGUUUGGAAAAGCAAUGGCUCUCAAAAAAUGGUCACAAGAACAAAUUAUAGGAGCUUUUUGUUCUCCCUUAUGUCUAUCUCUCUUUUUCCUUGUAAGUGUGUUGAUUGUGUUUAACUUUGCAAUUAGAAAACCCAAACCUAAAUCCAAAAAUCAACUUCCAUCUCCACCUAAAUUACCUAUCAUUGGUAACCUUCAUCAACUAGGCACACUUCCACACCGUUCUCUUAGAGACCUAUCACUCAAAUAUGGCAACAUGAUGUUGUUACAAUUGGGACAAAAACCAACUCCAACUCUAGUGGUUACUUCAGCAGAUGUAGCCAUGGAAAUCAUGAAAAAAUAUGAUAAAGUUUUUUCAAACCGACCCCAACAUAUAGCUCCAAAAAUCUUGUUGUAUGGAUGCAACGAUGUUGGUUUUGCACUUUAUGGAGAAAAUUGGAAACAAAAAAGAAAAUUAUGUGUUGGAGAAUUAUUAAACAUGAAAAGUGUGCAAUCAUUUUAUCCCAUUAGAGAAGAAGAAGUUGAAGAGUUGGUGAAUAAGCUAAGAGAAGCUAGCUUGAAUGAUGCAUGUGUGAAUAUAAGUGAAAUGCUUAUUUCAAUAAUAAACAAUAUUGUUUGUAAAUGUGCUGUUGGAAGGAAGUUUGAUGAAGCUAGUGAAGGCAAUUUGAAUAUGUUAGCAAGGAAGGUUAUGAUUUAUCUUACAACUUUUGUUUUUGGAGAUUACUUCCCUUCUUUGAGUUGGAUUGAUGUUCUUAGUGGAAAAAUUAGAGAAUUUAAGGAUACUUUUCAAGCACUUGAUGGUUUCUUUGAUCAAGUGAUUGAAGAGCGUUUGGCUUUGAAGAAGAUGGAAAAUAAUCAAUUCAAGAAAAAAGGGUUUUUGGAUAUUCUACUUCAACUCCAAGAGGAUGGCAUGCUUGGCUUUGAGUUCUCCAAUAAUGAUAUCAAAGCAAUUCUAAUGGACAUGUUUGUUGGAGGAAUUGACACAACCUCAGCAAUGUUGGAAUGGACAAUUUCAGAGCUUGUGAGACAUCCAAUCAUAAUGAAUAAAGCACAGGAAGAAGUAAGAAGAAUUGUUGGAAAUAAAUUAAAAGUUGAAGAAAAUGACAUCAACCAAAUGCACUAUUUAAAGUGUGUAGUGAAAGAAAGUCUAAGGUUACAUCCGGCUACUGCUCUCAUUCCUCCUAGAGAAACAAUGUCUAGUGUGAAUCUAAAUGGAUAUGAUAUUCCUGAAAAAACAAUGGUAUAUGUGAAUGCAUGGGCAAUACAAAGAGACCCUAAAAAUUGGGAGAACCCUGAAGAGUUCAUGCCAGAGAGAUUUGAACACAGCAUAGUUGAUUUUAUAGGUCAAGAUUUUCAGUUUAUCCCUUUUGGUUUUGGGAGAAGGGGGUGUCCUGGAAUGAAUUUUGGAGUAACUACUGUUGAACAUGUACUUGCUACCCUUCUUUAUUGGUUCAAUUGGAAGCUACCAACUGAAACAAACUUUGGUCAGCAAGAUAUAGAUAUGAACGAAGUAUUUGGACUUGUUGUCACAAAGAAAGAACCUCUUCACCUUAAACCAAUAGCAUUUUUUGUUUAAUCUACUUCCCAACUAUUUUGUGGUUAAAGUGAUUAUAUAUUGUUGUAAUUUUAAUUGUAUUUACUUUAUUAUAAGUUACAUU